AUGGCAGUAAGUCACGCAAAAUAUUUAGUAAUAACAAAUGCGGAUAUACUUCCGAUAAUUAUAUCUAACCUCGAUCAGAGUUCAUUACUUUCUAGCGCAUUAGUAUCACGUUUAUUCAAUGAAAUUUCUACCAAAUUUCUUUAUUCUUGUGUUAAUUUAAAGAACAUUAAAGAUGUUGGCACAUUCCUUGGUACGUUAUAUCGUACGGAACACCAUAUUUUAUACAACUCGGUUCAUACAAAAGAAUUUCUCGUGAACAACAUACAAAGCAUCACUUUAAAUAGUCCAAAUUUAGCAUACUUGUCAGGAGAAAAAUUAAGUAAAUGCAUUAGUGAAUGUGAAAAAGUCAGAGAGGUCGUGGUUGGAAAGUGUACUUUAAGUAAAAGUAUUAUUAUCGCAAUUUCACAAUUGAAAAGACAUAAUAAAGAUGAUAAUAAUAUCCCAUCAAUUCCGGAUCCUAUUUACAAGUCCAAAUUAACCAAUUUAACACAUUUAACGAUCGAUAUACAACCAUCAUGUCCAUCUCAGUUUUUAGUCUCGUUGGCUUGUCAAAAUAAAAAUUUAAGAUCCUUGGAUUUGCACUUUCAAGGGUUAGACGAUUCUUUACUUACGAUUACCCAAAAUUCCAUUAACCUUGAAUAUUUAAAUAUUACUGAAAAUAAAAAUUUAUCCGAACAGACCAUUUUACAAUUAAUUCAAGAUAGUUUUUCCACUCCCAAUACCAAAGAUCAUUGUAAGCUAAAGGAAUUAUUAAUAGAUUACGGUCCUUUCUCGGAGAAAUUCUUACUUUCAUUAUCAAAUUUAUGCAAGACACAACGAAAAAUUUCAGUAACCAAACCUCGAGCAAAUUAUCAUGGUUAUGAUUUAAAACUUUGUGAUGUUUCGUUAGAGAUCUUAAUCAAUCGUUGUGAAGACAUUGGAAACGCCUUAUUAAAAUUUCAUCUAAACAACAUCAUCAACAAUGGAAUAGAGGAAUUGUUGUUGGAUGGAAUCCAAGUUUCUGCAGUCGGCUUAAAUAUUAUUUGCGAACACCUUGACCUUAGAUCAUUAAAAUUACAAAACUUACCAAUAACGUUUUGUCGAUUAACAACACAUGAUAUGAUAAAUAGCAUUAAAAAAUCAUCGAAUUUACAAGAUUUAUAUGUUACUGAAAUGUUACAAAGUGAUGAUGAUCUAUUACCUUUAACUAUUAACAAGGAUUAUAGUUUGAAAUCAUUGAAUUAUAAUGACCUUAAUGAAUUGGAUCAACAUUGUCCAAAUUUAAUGAAAAUUUAUUGGAAUCAUAAAUUAUUUGUUGAUAAAUUUACGAUUCCUUCUAAAUUUGUACAAUUUAUUUAUAAUUAG